GAGAGAGAGAGAGAGAGACUCGCACACAUAACAUACCCACACUGAGGAAGACAGUCGCGAACUACACACACAGCACAGACACCAAAACCAGGAACUUUUGUUUUAUCGGCAGCAUUCACAACACUGCUCCCACGGCUAAGAAACGAAGGAGGAAACUAAAGAAAAUGGAAUGUGAAAAUAAGACUUAACUAGGAGGGAAUUAUUGAUAAUGUUCUAAGAAAGUACUCUAAAUUAAAAGAAGCUUCUUUUUCGUGGGACUCUUUUUUCUUGGCAAGCGGGACAGGUGGUCUCGGAAAGCCCACCUAUAAGAGUUGAAGCCCCGGGGUAUGUUUUGCUACAUCCACUGAGUUUCACUGUUGGAAAUUCUUCCUUUUUCCCUAUCCAGCAGGUUUUAUAGGUGUCUUUACAUCAUCCGUGGCUAAAGAUCCGUAACACCUGUUAAUCUUGACUAAUUAAGCCAAUAAUUGGUUCAAUUAAGUAACUGACAGAUUGGUUGAAACGAAAACCAGCAGCCACAGUAGCUCUCCAGGACCAGCUUUAGAGCAAUGCAAAUGACUCAACACGCACAAAUAAAGAGCUGUCACAAAAAGCUGCCGCACUUUAAGCCCGGAACACACUGCCCGAUGUGAUCGUUGCAUCUCAAUGGAGGAGGUUGCGUCGCAACAAAAAUCUUUGCCAGCUGGAAUCACAUACUGCCCGAUGGAAUCAAGAGAUGCACAAUUUGUGAGGUUUUCCUGGACCUGCCCAAUUUGUGAGGUUUUCCUUGACCUGCCCUGGAUGCAUAAAGUACUGAGACAAUGGGGCGAUCAAUAGACGAAAACAUAAGGCUUAUAAUAUAAUACAAUAAGACGGAGAAUACAUGUAUGUCUCCAGUCAUAUGACCUAACGAGGUGAAUUAACUGGUUUGCUGACUUUGAGACUUGCGAGUGUGUAUAACACACUAACCGAUGCAAGGGAAUCACAUUGCAAAAUAUGAAACCUGUUUAAACUUUGUGAGUCGACUGAAAUCGAUCAGCUGAUCCUGUAAAAUCGCAUCGAAGAGUAUAACACACUGCCCAAUACGUCUGAAAAAUCGUGUUGCUAUUGAUCGCAUCAGGCAGUGUGUCCUGUGAGGUGAGAGUACAGAGAGCAGUAGGCGCUGUAUGAGAUUUGUGGAGCACAUCCACAUCACAGCUGACAUCACUGGAGAGGCAAGCGGAGAGGACAAUCCAUACCAAACAAAGUGACCCUGGGUUUGAAUAUGCAGGGUCUUCUCCGUCUUGAACUUCUCCUCCGAAGGUUUUCCUGCCUGUCCUCAGCAAGAGCCAACCUUCGCAGCAUCAGGAAGUGCACCACAGCAGCCAAUGACAGGUCUGUGAAGGAGAGCAGACUGAAUUCAGACAAAGAUGCUACGGUAUGGAAGAGCUGUAAUUUAAACAGUUUAAUGAGUUAACAAAUGGAAGAAGCACCUCAUGCAUUCAAACAGAGCCUCCAGCCUACUGUAACAUCCAGAGGCUCUCAUGUGGACCGAGAGACCACUUACUGACCAAACUCGGCCCAGAAGAUGACCGAGAUGGACUACAAAUACACUUUACUCAGCUCGGAUUCAGAGGACUGCCAGAAGAGACCUUUCUUGUUCCAUGUGGAUAACAACAACCAGAUGAAUUUGUUUGCAGUUCUAGAAGUCAGGAAGGAUAACUAUCGAAGAUGGGGUGGUCUGCCUUGUUUCAGGAAAGCAAAAGUGUACAGCAUUGGGUUGGGGCUGACUGUGAUGUCUCUGGUGAUGGCUUCAUACAUACUCACCGGAGACAAGAAGGGUCUCUUGAUUACCCCUUCGCCAUACCAAUAUAGCACCUUAAAUAAACCAGGCUUAUUGAACAGUCACGAGACUGACUUGUCCUUCCCUUUCAAUCUGUCAUCUGUAAGGGAUUACACCAACAUGAAAUUAGUUAUAAAAACUAUAACAUCAAACAUAGAGUUUAGUACCAGGCAGCUGCCGGAUUUAAAGGACCUUAUAAAAUAUGAGCAACAUAUGUUUUCAGUCAUUCCAUCCACAUUCCUUCCAAAUUUUACAAACCCAUGUUGGUACGAAGAAUACACAGGGAAUAUCACUGCUGAUCCUUAUGGGACCAACUUAUAUGCACUUUAUUCAAAGCGUUUUCGAACAGUGUUUGAUUACCUGAGAAAUGCUUUCCGGGAACACUUGUACCGUCAAGGAAACAAGUACUAUCGCUUUCGCUGUCUGCCGUACUUCUACAUUAUAGGGCAGCCGAAAUGUGGAACCACAGACCUAUACGACAGGCUGAGAUUACAUCCGGAUGUCAGGUUUACCACUUUCAAAGAGCCACAUUGGUGGACCAGGAAACGGUUUGGUAUAAUUCGCUUGAGCGAGGGGUUCCAUGACAGGUACCCAGUGGAGGACUACCUGGAUCUGUUUGAUCUAGCAGCCUACCAGAUUCAGGAUCGCUCACAGCUCAAUGCAUCCAGAAGCCAGCACAAACGCAACAUCAUCAUUGGUGAGGCAAGUGCUUCUACAUUGUGGGAUAACAAUGCGUGGGUCUAUUUCUAUGAAAAUGCAACUGCCAAAGGGGAACCACCAUUUUUAAUCCAGGACUUUAUUCACGCUGUUCAGCCAAAUGCCAAGUUUAUAAUCAUGCUGAGGGACCCCGUGGAGAGGCUGUACUCGGAUUACCUUUACUUUGGGAUCGCCAACAAAUCGGCAGAUGAUUUCCAUGAGAAAGUGUCCGAGUCCCUGCAGCUGUUUGAAAGCUGCAUCUUGGAAUACUCAAUGAAAUCCUGUGUGUACAACACCACCCUCAACAACGCCAUGCCUGUGAGAUUGCAAAUUGGACUGUACAUUGUUUAUAUACUGGACUGGCUGACCGUUUUUGACAGAAACCAAAUGUUAGUGCUUCGUCUGGAAGAUCAUGCCACCAAUCGUAAAUACACUAUGCACAAAGUAUUUGACUUUCUCAGCUUAGGGCCACUGACUGAGCAAACAGAGGCAGAAAUUACAAAAAGCCCAGCAUCUAAUACCAGAAGACAAGCGGACAAAAACCUGGGGCCAAUGUUACCUGUGACUAGGGAGAUUCUCAGAGACUUCUACACUCCUUUCAAUGCCAAACUGGCUCAAGAGUUUAAGAAUGACUCUUUCCUCUGGGAAAAAAAAUCAAAGUUUAUGUAAAAACUGUUGUACAGAAAGCAAAUACAGAUCAUUUAAACAAAAACAAAAAUUCUAGAGUCAUUAGUUUUGCGAUUUAAUUUCUUUUGUUUAUAACGUAACACCAAUUAUGCUACAGGAAAUCGUUUGACUACUAUUUCAGUUCUCUAAGGUGUACAGAAAUAAAGGCACAUGAGACCUA